UCGAUCCGCAUCGUUCUAAUGAUCAGAUAACCGUAGUUUGGUGCCUUUUUUUCGUCUAAUUCGCUGCGGAUAAUGUUCCCAUGAGCGUUUUCCUCCUUGCCGGUAAAAAAGGAAACGCCCUCCGCCAAGGAAGCACGCGUGAGUGCAUUUUGAUCCGCUUUCCGCUUGCUUAAAGCUUAUGCGACGGAGUAAGCUUUAAGCUCGGAAAAAUUGAUGUACGUUCCGGUCAGCUGAUCGACGCGGCUGCAGUAUUUGUUUCAUUAAAUAUCGAUAACCUGAAAGUUGUGUAAAUUAAUGUUCCGGCUCGGCUAUAGUGUUUUUCUUUAAGUUUUCCUAGAAGAAAACACAAAUCGAGGCAUCCCGAUGGUAUAUUGCGGAUCCUACCGACUGCGCCGCGUUAGCUUGUCUCGGAACGUGAAAGGAUAUCGGUACAACACGGGAAAACCACGUCACCGAUGAAGCGAUCAGAAUACAUUUCACCAUGGAACCAGGCCAAGGCGAAUCGGGCUUCAGCCAGUGGGUGGCAGCGAUGAAAAUGGUGGCCCAGUUACCAGGAGGCAUCCCCGCCGACUUCAGAAGCCGGCUGUGGCUUCAACUGGCGGACCGAUACCUGACGCAGCGAGGAGUCGAGUGGUCACGAGUAAGGCAAUCGUACUUCAGCGAAUGGGCUCACCCUGACGACGACGAAUUGGGUAUUCAGAUCGUCAAAGACCUGCACAGGACGGGAUGCAGCCUCUUCUGCGGUGAGGACGGCCAAGAGAACCAGGUGCUCUUGAAGCGGGUGCUGUUGGCUUACGCGAGGUGGAACAAAAACGUCGGAUACUGCCAAGGAUUUAACAUGCUAGCGGCGCUGAUCCUCCAAGUGACUGAAAAGAACGAAAGCGACUCUUUGAAGCUGAUGAUUUACCUCAUAGAGGGCGUGCUACCAGACUCUUACUUUGCGGACAAUCUACGCGGCCUUAGCGUCGACAUGGCCGUGUUUCGCGAGCUGCUGCGCAGCAAGCUGCCCAGGCUCGCCAAGCACUUGGAUAUGCUACAAAACGCGGCGAAAGACGGCAGCCGCAGCUACGAGCCGCCACUGACGAACGUAUUCACGAUUCAGUGGUUCCUAACCCUUUUCUGCAACUGCCUGCCCCAGGCGACGGUCCUCAGAGUGUGGGACCUCAUCCUCCUCGAGGGUAACGAGGUCCUUCUCCGUACCGCCCUGUGUAUAUGGCAAAUCCUGACGGAGCGUAUCUUGAGAGUGCGCUCGGCGGACGAAUUCUACGGCACCAUGGGAGACCUCACCAGGGAGCUUCUGGAGGCAAACGUGAUCGACUCCAACUCGCUGGUCAAAGCGGUGGUCGCGAUGGGCCCUCUGACCGACCUCAAGAACCUCCGCGACCACUACCUCUACAGCAUCACCCCUUGGAGUUUGUCCGAUCGAGGUGACAAACGCCUCAAAGUCUACCCGAAACACGCUGUCCUUCUGGACAUCAACACCCUGAAGAGGCAAUACGCGAAGCUGAAACAGAGACAGAGACAGGCCCACGUGAUCUUCUCCGCCGCUGUCACCAAACAGCCGCCCCCAGCCACCCCGAUCGCCAUCAAUCACCUGUUCGUGGGGAGGAGCGCCCUGGUGCCGACCAAGAGGGCGGGACCUUUGAAGGGCACGAUCCCGCCGGCCAGGCGUGCCACCUCCGCCACGUUGCAGUGGAAGGACGCUACGGCGACGACGCCCAAGCAAGACUCGUCGAGCUCGAGCUCGACGGACACGGAACUGUGCGACGAGGAGGGAGAAUCUGCCGCUUCGGAGUCGGAGGACGAAGAUUUCCGGAGGUUCCUGACCGAUAGGGUCAAGGGUCUCGACCAUGACCGUGAUGAGCAGGAGGGCAAAACGCGCAGGAAUAGUCUUCGCGCGCUCGAGAUCAUCCAGGAAAACUCGGCGAUCCUGCACAGGAUAAUGCGGGCGCGUCUCACGCCGUCUCCGCCUUCGCCGGAGGUGCAAAGCACCUCCAAGUACCACAGCAUCCUGGAGAAGAGCAAAAGCCUCGACGAACGGUACCACGCUUUGUUCAGCGACUCUAAAACCUCCGGAUUGUCGGAGAGCAAAUCGGAAGGGGUCAUAGUCCAGACGAUCCCCGAGGAUAACCUCAUUGAACUCGCGGAAGACUCAGAAGAAACGAGUCCGGAGAUCAGUGCCAAAGAGUCCAUGUCGUGCAAGAUAAUCCAGGAGAAUUCGGAGCUGUUGAGGUCAGUUUCCGAUAGGAGAAGAGGGCGGAGCGAGCCACGAGAGGUGGACGGGGGUCUCUACGUGAUAGACGUUCGGUUAUCUCCUCCGAAGGAAGAGGAGGGCGUCGACAAAUCACCCAGCAAAGCCUUCAGUCCAUUCCCGGUGAACCAACUCUCCAGGCAGACGCGUGAAGUGCCUCUCAAAUUGGGCAUGUACAAAAAGUGACGUCACUCACUGUUAUUUUCCUACAGCCUAUAGGAAGCUCGAAGUAAACUUGUUCUUAUCGCAAAUCGAAUACGUAUUUUCCCUAAAUACAAAAUAAAAUCAA